AUGAGCCAGGACAGCAAGGUGAAGACAACAGAAUCCAGCCCACCUGCCCCUUCCAAAGCCAGGAAGUCGCUGCCUGUCCUAGACCCAUCAGGAGACUACUACUACUGGUGGCUGAACACAAUGGUCAUACCAGUAAUGUAUAACCUCAUCAUCAUCGUCUGCAGAGCCUGUUUUCCCGACUUGCAGCAUGGUUAUCUGGUGGCCUGGUUUAUUCUGGACUACAUGAGUGACCUACUGUACCUACUGGACAUCAUAGUGCGCUUCCACACAGGAUUCUUAGACCAAGGCAUCCUAGUAGUGGACAAAGGGAGGAUCGCGAGUCGCUAUGUCUGCUCCUGGAGCUUCUUGCUGGACCUGGCUUCCCUGGUGCCCACGGACCUGGUCUACCUGCGGCUGGGCCCACAUACACCCACACUGCGGCUGAACCGCUUUCUCCGGGUGCCCCGCCUCUUUGAGGCCUUUGACCGCACGGAGACACGCACAGCUUAUCCCAACGCCUUCCGCAUCGCCAAGCUGAUGCUUUACAUUUUUGUCGUCAUCCACUGGAACAGCUGCCUGUACUUUGCCCUGUCCCGGUACCUGGGCUUCGGGCGUGACGCAUGGGUGUACCCGGAUCCUGCACAGCCUGGCUUUGAGCGCCUUAGGCGCCAGUACCUCUAUAGCUUCUACUUCUCCACGCUGAUCCUGACCACCGUGGGCGACACGCCACUGCCAGCCCGGGAGGAGGAGUACCUCUUCAUGGUGGGCGACUUCCUGCUGGCUGUCAUGGGUUUCGCCACCAUCAUGGGCAGCAUGAGCUCUGUCAUCUACAACAUGAAUACAGCAGACGCAGCUUUCUACCCGGACCACGCGCUGGUGAAGAAGUACAUGAAGCUGCAGCAUGUCAACCGCCGGCUGGAACGAAGAGUUAUUGACUGGUACCAGCACUUGCAGAUCAACAAAAAGAUGACCAAUGAAGUAGCCAUCCUACAACACCUGCCUGAGAGGCUGAGGGCAGAAGUGGCUGUGUCUGUACACCUGUCUACUCUGAGCCGGGUACAGAUCUUCCAGAACUGUGAAGCCAGCCUGCUGGAGGAGCUGGUGCUGAAGCUGCAGCCCCAGACCUACUCACCAGGAGAAUACGUAUGCCGCAAAGGGGACAUUGGCCGAGAGAUGUAUAUCAUCCGUGAGGGUCAGCUGGCCGUGGUGGCAGAUGAUGGUGUCACACAGUAUGCUGUGCUGGGUGCAGGGCUUUACUUUGGGGAGAUCAGCAUCAUCAACAUCAAAGGGAACAUGUCUGGGAACCGCCGCACAGCCAAUAUCAAGAGCCUGGGUUAUUCAGAUCUGUUCUGCCUGAGCAAGGAGGACCUGCGGGAGGUGCUGAGUGAGUAUCCACAAGCCCAGACCGUCAUGGAGGAGAAGGGCCGUGAGAUCCUGCUCAAAAUGAAUAAGUUGGACGUGAAUGCCGAGGCAGCUGAGAUCGCCUUACAGGAGGCCACAGAGUCCCGGCUACGAGGCCUUGAUCAACAGCUUGAUGAUCUACAGACCAAGUUCGCUCGCCUCCUGGCUGAACUGGAGUCCAGCGCCCUUAAGAUCGCUUACCGCAUUGAACGACUGGAGUGGCAGACUCGAGAGUGGCCAGUGCCAGAGGACCUGGCUGAGGCUGAUGACGAGGGUGAGCCUGGCGAGGGGACUUCCAAGGAUGGAGAGGGAAGGACUGGCCAGGAGGGACCCCUAGGCCCAGGGCUACAUAAAGACACCCUACAGAGAUGUGCACAUGCUUGUGAAAACCCAAAAGCACACCCAGAGUCGUCUUUGUCUAAAAGGCUCUUCAAACGCUCCCUCAAAUGGAGAGAGGAUGAAAAUAAGGUUGGACAAAGUGGGACGCUGCAGUCAUUUCGUCCCAACAAAAGCCUCAGUCAACCCCAUGAGGAGCUCUGGGGUUAUGAACAUCUUUCAGAGGUGUCCUCCAGGGGAAUGAGGACACUUAACCUUUAUACCUCUCAGCUGAUCAGUGCUCCAGAAAGGGAACAUGAUUUUGGUUGGUGCUACUCAGGGACACUGUAUAGGACAGCUAGUGCACAGCCCUUACUUAUAAAAUGGUUUGCUGAACAAGUGAAUGUUCAUCUAGUUCUACUUCCACUCCUGCUCCCCCACCUUUUCUUUGUUCCCUCGGCCUUACAUCCUACAACCAUCCGAUGUGGGAAAGGUUCAGCAGGUUAUCUAAAGCUCCACCUGUGCUCCAGCCGAAUAAACAGCAAACCAAGCUCUUCUGGUCCAGGGCUCUCUGAUGGGUAA